CACAGAAACAAACACAUAAAUUUCAUUCGACGGGUCCCAAAAGGAGAGGCUGGUGAAAUGCCUCUGGUUUAAUCUCAGAGAGCAACGUGGCUCCCCAUCUCCCGGAUUCAUUCCCUAGAAGGACUCCACGCCACAAGAAUGCAUCCAGUUCUUGAGCACGGAAAUUUGUAGUCAGCUUCUCCCCAACAAGAAGGUCUUUCUGCCCGACAGAAAUCACCCGUAUGCACGCGUAUGUCCUUGUCCGCGUAUGAGUGGUGACAUCUCUAUUCAUCGACCUUCUAGGCCUUUGAAACGGAAAUCCCUGACUUUUGCUCCCAAUGUUUUCUGGGAAGGUGAAAGAAGGGUUAGAAUUCAGAAGGCAGAACAGGAGGGCGGAGAAUGGGAGCGAAGGUUUUCGGAUGAAGGGCUUUGGCAAGCUUCAAGACGUGGUCAACCGGAAGGGGAAGGCUCCGGAUUGGAAGUUGUCACAGAACCGGAGCACCCUCAGCAAGUCUGCACAGGCGGUCACCCGCUUCUACAAUGAGGUGGAGAACCAACCAGCUUUGUCGUUGGCCGCGGGCUACAGGUCCCAGGUGCGGGGGCUGCAGAGAGCUUUCCUCCUGCGUCCCGGCUGCCCCAGGUUCAGCUCCAAAGCGACGACCACCGCCCAGUUUGAUCCCUCCAUCUCUUCGCUCUCUGACCUGCCCACUAGCGGGAACAUCCGCUUCGAAAGCUGGGAUAUGGUGGACGGGCAGCCUACGACCAUCGAGCCGGUGACGGAGGGGACGGUCUCGUUCAGCCAGAGCGCCGGUGAGAUUCGCGGAUGGAGGAGCUUCUCGGAGGUGGAGAGGGUCCAGGCCGCCGUCCAGGGAUCCAGCACCCAGAGUCUGGCCAUCCAGCCUCCCGGCCACAAGAUCCCCUGGUACGUCGCGGUGAUCCACGAAAAGGAGCGCUGCAUGCUGAUGCUGGGGGAGGAGAUCAAUCGUCUGUCCAAAGUGGAGAUGGAGUGCCAGCGCAAGGAUGAUGUCAUCCAGGUGCUCAGGGAGGAGGUGGAGAAGCUGGACCGGCAACUUCAAACACAGAGAAAACUCAGCUCCAAGCAAGAGGAGGAAUCUAUCCCCGUGCCAGCUGAUCUCGGAGCCCGACUGAGCCCGGUUCCCGGCCCGGGCGUCCCUGGAGAGGAACCGCGGCAGGGGAGUCACAUCGAGGGGCUGAAGGAGGAGGUGGUGGAGGACCUGAAGGCUCGGCUGAGCCUCUCGGAACAGCCCCCGGACGCGACGCUGGAGACGGAGAUCGCCACCCUCUCGGAGAGCUUGAUGAAGGGGCAGGAGGAGCUGCAGCAGCUGGAAAGAGAGUAUUCCGAGAUCCAACUGAAGGACCCGAGGCAAGAAGAGACCAGCAGAGAGGGUCCGUUGGGCGAGAACAAAGCGGUAGGGGAAAUGGGACCAGAAGCAGAAGAGGGAGUUCUUCUGUACAAGGAAGUAGAGGAAGAGCUGCUGGCCAAGUUGCAGGAGUCGGAGCAGGUGAACCAAGAACUCCAGGAGGUGCUGGACUCCUUGAGGAACGAGUACUCGGUGGCCACAGGAGUGAUCUCGUCACUGCAGAGGCAGGUGGACUUCCAGAAAUCCCAGCUGUGCAAGGCGGAAGUGGAGCAAGAGAAGCUGCGGAAGGAACUUCGAGAGCGACAAAACCAGCUGCAAGCAAUGUCCACCAAGUUCUCCUGCCUCCGGGAAGAGCGGAAACUCGAGGAAAUGAUGGGAGCGAUUGAGAAAGACAACUUUGCUCUCCGACAGCAUGUGUGUGACCUGGAAUCCGAGCUGGGGAAGAGGAUCGAGCAGAUCGGGGAGUUUGGUGGCAGGCUGAGCUGGCUCGAGGGGGAGGUGACUGCGGGCAGGAACCAUCUUGAAAGGCAGCAGCGGUGUCAGGCUGAGCUCCAGAGCCAGAACGAGGUCAUGCGGCGCUCAGAGCAGCAGUCCAGGGUCAUCCAGGAGGUGACCCAUUCCAGGCUCGAAAGGCUAAGAAACAGGAUCAUCCAAGCCACAUUCAGCACAGCGGGAAUCAAGUCCCCAAACUCGGAGAUCAGUGACAGUGACAUCCUGGAUGCCUUGCAGCCUGUGUUUGAAUUCCAGCGACUGAUUAACGAGCGAGUGGAGUUUCACCAGAUGCUGAAACAGAAAGGCGUCAAAGUCCCCCCGCUCCACCAGACAGAAAUCACCUCGGCCAACCACAGGCCGGCGAGAAGGAGCCCGGCCAAGUAGGGACCUCGAGCCCCGGACCGCUGCGUGGGGCCGGGUCAGCCUUCUCCGGUGCCGCCUCCUGCUCUCAUCCUGCCGGGCCCUAGAACCACUUGAAUCUUUACCCCCAAAAUAAACUCGGAGCGGGAGGUGUGGUCCCGCCGGAUGCUGAGCA